UUCUGUUGAUUCUGCUAAACUCUUGAGUCUGUGUUCCAGUCGGGUUCUUUAAUAUGAAGAAGCUCUUGAUCAUCCUAGCCCUCAUGGGACUCUUAUCUUAUGGAGCCGAGAGCUUUAAGGUUUCACAGAAGGAUUAUGAGAACAUUGAUCGAAUGUUGGAAUUUGGGGUUCAGGUUUUCUUGAACUGUUUGGACAAAGUUAAAGAGGCCACUGAGAAAAUGAUGAAAGAUGAUAUGAUAAGAACAAACAGGAUUGCAAUUCAAAAUAACUGGAAUUCCUUCAAAGAGACAGCGAAUAAAAUCAGUGUUGAGGAAAGAGGUAAAGAUGUCCAGGAUGAUUUAGUUGUAGCAGCACGCACUGUUCGAAGACUGGUCCUCUUCUACAAGGAUGAUGUCAAAAAAAUGAUCCAUUCAUUUGCAACAGAGAGGAAUGUUCAGAUAUACCAACCAGUUUUUAACAUGUUCAAAGGGACAAUUGAAAAAGCCAAAGUAAAUGAGGUCUGGGGCAAUUUAGCUACAAGCUAUUUUCCUGGCGCUCCACCAAUUCAAAGUGAACCCUUGGAGUUUCUCUGUUACCUGCUCUCCACUAACGCAAUGGAAACCGUCAUCGUGAAUGUUCUCAAGUAUGGAGUGGAUUUGAUGUCAGAAAUGAAAAAGAUCGAUUUUGAUGAUCUCUCUGAAAGGUUAAAGUCCGCCGUGGAAAGUUUUUUUAGGAAGUUUACUGAAAUUGAGAGAACUGAGCUUCAGAAAGAAAAGGAUAAAUUAUUUUUGGUAUUAAGUUGUUUUACUAAAACGACCGUUUUUUUCUGGGAUCGAUUUCUGAACACUACAGACACACCUUUGUUGGAGGAACAGUAUAAUGAAGUUGAAAGAAAACUCACUGACCAGAAGUUUGGGGAAACACUAGAAGAACUCCUGAAACCAAUAUUUGAAUCAGAAACAGUAAAUGAUGUUCUACGACUUCACUUCGACUUUUAUGAAGAAUUUUAUACUGUUCCUGCCUUGGCCAUAUUUUAUUUAAUGCAUUACGACUCAAACAGGAUCGCAAGGACUUUGAGGACUGGGUUCAUGGUCACUGUUGUUAAUUCAUAUCCCAUUUAUGAAAAAUUGAGUGAAAUGGGUGUGUUUUCUACAAUGAAAAAACAGUACUUAAGAGCUGUGUAUGUUGCUGUUGCUCUGGCAGGCACUGAAGAGUUUCAGGCUUUUAGAGAGGAGUAUUAUGAAAAAUGGAAGUCAUUCAGAGAGGAACUGAAUAGACUUACUGAUGAAGAGAGAAGGAGAACAGCAUUUCCACAAAUACGAGCUUCUCUUCGAAUGUUCCUGAACAAAUCUGAAGAACUGGCCAACAAAAUCAACACAGAAAUUGAUGAUAACACAUUAGGAUACCUGACCAUGGACUGGGCUUUUACAAGAGCUGCCUGCAUUGAAAAACUACUAAACAAAGGAGUCAUUACAAAGGAUCGACUGGAUGAAGCUGAAAGAACCUUUAAGGAUGGUAUUAUGGGGUUUCGUGGCAAAUAUGAAGAGCUGACUCAAGGAAUGGAUAAAGAGAAGGUUGAAAAUUCAUUAAGGGCUCUGCUCAAGGUGGUGAUGGUGGGACUAAACUUCAUAUAUUCUUCACUCACUCAGACUUGGGACUUCGUAGCCAUUUGAUCAAUCAAAAGACAGGAAAAGUUCAUUCAAAAUAAUUACUUGUUUACUUGAACAAUAAAAAUAAACAAUAUUUGUAAGUA